AACCAGGCCGUUCGCUCUGUUUUUUUCUUCCCCCCUUGACGACUAUUUAUUUUCAUUGCGCCAGUCCGAUCCGAUCGAUCUCCUGUUGUGACAAACCACCAUCGAGCUAGCUCUAUACUUCGAUCCCGACUCUCCGUAAUUGUGUAUAUCCACGGUGCACCAUCGCAUACAACCUCAGCGUCCCACCGCGACUGUGAUUUCACUGUGAUUUCCGGAGUACUCCUCCGAAAAAACAACAUCAAUUAGACUUUCGUCCCGAAAUCUUCAUCCGUUCAUCAUCAUGUUGACCGCCGAUGGCCGGACGCAGCCCUCUCUCAAUCCCACCGUAGGCCGGCCGCGGACUCAACUUGCCAGGCCCGUCAAGUCCUACAACGUGACAGUGCAGCAGACAGACAUGCCACCGGAGAAGCUACAGCACAUCUGGGUGGUAACAGGUCCUGCAGGCUGCGGCAAGACUACUGUCGCAAAAGGUCUACAAGAGAAACUGGGCCUCCCUUUUCUCGAGGGAGAUGACUACCAUCCUCCGGCCAACAGGGAGAAGAUGGCCAACGGCAUCCCCCUCACGGAUGCAGACCGCUGGGACUGGCUCAUCUCUCUGCGGGAGGCCGCAAUUCUGCCACUCUCCGCCACAGAUGAAUGUCCAACACCUCCAUCCGGCGUCAUUGUCACCUGUUCUGCGUUGAAGAGAAAGUACCGAGAUGUGAUGCGCGUGGCUGCCUAUGGUCAUCCGUCUGUUCGCAUUCACUUCAUCUAUCUCAGAGCUGACGAGAAUGUUCUGAUGGACCGGGUGACCAAACGAAAAGACCACUACAUGAAAAGCGGCAUGGUGCACUCCCAGAUAGAGCUCCUGGAAGAGCCGGUCAAUGAGUGGGAUGCAGUUGCUGUCGAUGUCGCUGCACCUCCGGAGGAGGUUGCGAAUCGCGUUAUCACUGCAGUGCAUGCAACAAUGGCAGAGUACCAGUAAUAGUCUCUCAGACGAUUAUUAUUUGGUAGUCUGCUUCCAUCAUAUGAGCAUAAAGCUGUACGGCGUCAGUUUCGGUUCGGUGUCUUGGAGGUUGGGAAGUAUC